GAAUAGAAAAAAAAAGAGAACAAAAAGGAGUAUCAGAAUGGCGGCUGGGAGCUCCCUUGCAGCAUGUGCCCAGGAUCGUGACUACAGGAAAAAUCCAGAAACACAUCAGCAACCAGAACUCCAUGGUUCACAUGCCUGAGGAUCCAAAGAUGAAAAGGGGAAAUCUGCUCAACCUGGGGAGAUCCACCAAGGUUAUAAGGAAGAACAGCCAUUCACAAAGGGAAGAUGGAGCUCCUGGGUCAUCAACAGAUAUCUCAAUAGAAAUGCCUCAAGGAGCUAAGCUUCAAGUUUUUCAGAAGCCCAUCAAGAUGGAUUGGCCACUGGUCUCUAGACCCUUAAACAAAAGUUCAGUCCAGGGCAACAAAUGGAAGAAAGCAGAUGCAAUCCAAGAGAAACGUAGGUCCUUCCUUCAUGAGUUUUGCAAGCGAUAUGGUGAAGUAAAUGAUCCCCAAGCCAAUCUUUUUCACAUAGUAUCCAGGAUCUAUGUGGAAGACAAACACAGAAUCCUGUACUGUGAGGUACCAAAGGCUGGCUGCUCUAAUUGGAAAAGGAUUCUGAUGGUUCUAAAUGGACUGGCUUCUUCUACGUACAAUAUCUCCCACGAUACUGUGCACUAUGGAAAGCAUCUGAAAACACUAGACAGCUUUGACUUAAAAGGGAUAUACACGCGCUUGAAUACCUACACCAAAGCUGUGUUUGUUCGAGAUCCCAUGGAAAGAUUAGUGUCGGCAUUUAGGGAUAAAUUCGAGCAUCCCAACAGUUACUACCACCCGGUGUUUGGAAAGGCAAUUAUAAAGAAAUACCGACCAAAUGCCUUAGCAGAAGCGUUAAAUAAUGGAUCUGGAGUCAAAUUCAAAGAAUUCGUCUACUAUUUGCUGGAUGCUCACCGUCCGGUAGGAAUGGAUAUUCACUGGGAAAAAGUCAGCAAACUCUGUCACCCAUGCUUGAUCAACUAUGACUUUGUAGGGAAGUUUGAAACAUUAGAAGAAGAUGCCAAUUACUUUCUACAGUUGAUUGGUGCUCCAAAAGAGCUAAAAUUCCCAAACUUUAAGGAUAGGCACUCCUCUGAUGAAAGAACCAGUGCUCAAGUGGUAAGGCAAUAUUUAAAGGACCUAAGUAGAACCGAGAGGCAGCUCAUCUACGACUUUUAUCACUUGGACUAUUUGAUGUUUAAUUACACAGCUCCACAUUUGUAAUUUGCAUUCAUUUUCUAAAGUCCCAUGUAGACUUAAUGAUGAUGGCCUCAAAUCAGCUACUGUAAUUUUCCUACAAUUCUCUGUAUGGGGGAAAUUUAACUAAGUGAAGUUGUCUUGAUUGAAUGAAGAUUUUUUUUUCAACCAAAGAGUAUGACAGCAAUUGGCACAAAGUUAUUGGAAAAUCAUCUCAAGGAGACAUGUAAACAACUUGAUGUGCUUUUAAAUGGGAAAAGAGCUGUUUUGGCUUUGUGGCUUAUACUGUGGAAGCAAUAACCUAGCCAGCUGUUACAUUAGCCAAGAAAGCCUCUUGCACGUAAAAUAAGGGGUCAGACUGGCGAGAAGUAUGUAUCAAAUCCUAACACCCAACAUCUAACAUGCAUGAAUCUGUUCUUAGCAGUCUGUGGCAUAUGCAUCAAAUGACUGGAUAGUUUUCUUAUACCCUGAGUCUCCCUAUCCACUGUGAUGAUAAAUCCAUUUUAAGCGUUUGGGCAUAGACAUUUUACUAUUGAUCUGGAGGCAGUCUGUGAUUUACAGGAUGAGAAUAGAGCAGAAAAACAGAUGAAGCCAUGACUUUUUUUUUUAAUUUAACAGCCAGUAGAAAUGCACAGUAUACUAACAUCAGAACAAAAAAAAGCCACCUUUCUCUUCCAGGAAAAAACUUCAGGGGGUUGAUGGGGUCUGUGUGGAGGUUGAGCCCUCCAUGAAGAGACACAACGAGCAAAACCAAGCAGGUCCUCAUUUCUAAGCAUCAUCAGAUAGAAAUGUGCUCCUAAUUCUGUUUUAAUUGGGAAAGGGGCAAUUGUUUCAGGAUGGAAUAAUCAUCAAAACCAAAAGUUGCCGUUCUGAAUAUAGACCUCUAGCAAUAACAAAGUUUUAUAAGAAUAUUAUUUGAAUCAGAGCACCAUGUGCAUAGCUUUCUAUGUGGAAUACAAUCUAAGAAUAGCUUUUGUUUGCAGUCUAAUUAUUCUGCUUGGGAAUGACUUUUUAAGAACUAAUACACCACUUCAAAGACAGGUUGUGUUCUAGAGAAUAAACGCAACACGGGCCCCUAGAAAUGCUUUUAAUAGGCUUAUGCAUAAGCAAAUUACGGUAUUUUUCAUCUUAACAAAGUCAAAUACCACUGCAUUGAAAUAUUAAAUCAAAGUCUUGGGAAAAUAGGACCAUGUGUCGCCCUUAUGAAAAGUUGCAACGCAUUUUGGAAUGUUUUUCUGAGGGAUCUUAAAUUUAAAGACACAUUGAGAUGAGAAGUGCCUUUUAAUUAGUUAACUACUACCCUGACUUAAGCAAACCACAUGUCGAUCAAAUCCUGUUGAAAUGUCUUUCUUAAACAUGUUUCUCUUACUAAGCUAUCAUAUUUGAUCAGUAAAUAUUCAGCUAUGUCUUGCAAAGGAAACUAUGUCUUAAUAUUUGAAUAUUAAUAGGCCAAGAUUCCUAUAGUCAUACGUGUCUCAUUUUGAUUUUCCAUUUCAUGGCUGAGUAUUCAUGAAUUGCUUCACUCCACGCGCACACCCGCCCUAUCUCUGCCAUAUCUCACAGGAGUGGGUAAACCACAGUGGGCCAAGUGAUCAAAAGUAUUAAACUUUCCAGGCCAACCUUUUACUACUUUUCCACCCCAUUUCCUUAUGCCUCUAGACCAUACUCUUAAGCCGAGUAAUCUAAAUUACAUAAAUUAAAAUGUUGCUGUAUUGGGUAGAGUGGAUUCCUAGUAACUUAGAGACCUUGAAAUUAUCCUUUUUUUCUGGAGAGAGAAAAGAUAAACAUUACAGAGGCCUGAAAGUUUAUUCUUG